GCCGUUGAACGUGACGGACACCGAACAGGCCCUACAUAUCAAGUUUUAUGACGUGCGGUCCCAGUUUAAAAUGAUGCUGGAUACUGUGGCUGCCGGUGAGCAUAAAAGGGGACUGGAGAUAUGGGCCAGGUGGCAUGAUACGAUAUCAAACUUUUUGGCUCAGGGCUACACCAGGAUCGAUGAUACGUACGCAGUGGUCGUACCCCAACAGCAAAGGGCGGCCUUUUUCCAGUUGCUCGUCAACGACAUUACCUAUAUUUAUACAUUUUUCAAGACAUUAACCGGCAAAUAAUCUAGUCAAACUUGGUUACAUAAAUUGUUUGAAAUUAAACACAUUUUACAAAUUGUAACAGAAAACAAAAAUUUAUUUUAAAUAAAUACAAACACAGUAUAAUUUGUUAGACUAUAA